CCAACCCCAUAAAUCUGCAAACACUUCCCAGGGGGUCACCCAUCAUUUCUGCUACUCCAUGGUCAGCACGCUUAACUCUCUUAAAAUUCCCCCAAAGUUGCCCCUUCUGAGGCCUAAAGGACCCGGUACGCAGGGAGUUACGCGUGAACCAGCCUACUACACUGAAUGGAGCCUUUGCCCUAGCCCGAGAGACGGCGGCUAAGUAUGACGAGCUCUAGAACCCGAACUGCAGGAAUUGGGAUCCCACCUUCACCAAGUCUGCAAGCACUCCAAACCCAUCCAGCUCCACCCCAAGCCCCCAUCACUCCUUACCUUCCACCCAGCAAGGCCCCGAUCUUGGCCACACCCAGAGGCGUCCCGGCGAAACCCGUACGCCGUAUAUCGCCGGCAGAGAAGGUGGAGAUCGAAGGAUGCUCAUGGGGAGUGUUGUUUCUGCAUGCCCAGAAAAAUGGUCUCGUGGAUACCGCUAGCUGUAACGACCGAUAUUCUUUGCUGGUCACUAGUGAAGGGGAUGACGAAGGAGAUAGCAUGGAAGAAGAGACUGAAGCCAUAUUUGAGGGAGGGAGAUGUUUCUGUCUUGCAAAGUUUGGCUGGGUCAACUACGUACUCCUCGAUCCAUCAUCCGGCUUAAAGGGGAAAUUAUAUAUGGGUCACGUUUUGGAUGUGCUAGUUGACGGAGGAAGCACACACAAUUUCAUCCAUCCGAAGACGGCGGAGAAACCGAAAUUGGCGUUGGAAGCUUUUAGAGUCUACGUAGGGAAUGGGGACUCCUUGACGUGCCAAGCUCAAUGUCAACAGGUACCACUGUCGUUGGUCCAGAAACACAACUUUAGAGUGGAUUUAUUCGUCCUCGCGGUACACGGCCACGAUGUUGUCUUGGGUGUACAGUGGCUCCGUUCAUUGGGACGAAUCACGCACGACUACGACGAUGGAGUUUCUGUGGCAGGACCAAGCUGAGUCAUCACCUUGUGUGGGGAGGAAUAACCGGUGAAGCCCAUGUCGUUACACCAAUUACGGUGUAUGAAAGCUGCCCAGUCAAUUGUUGAUUGCAUAGAAUUUUGGGCUAUAAACCAUGAAGAAAAAGGGCCUGAACCG